AUGAUGAAGAGAGAAACAAGAUGUUCGGAAGACUAUAAGAAGUUGGCGGAAGCGAAAGAAGAUCGAGAUGUUGACAAGAACAAGCCAGCCAGAUGCCAGGUCAAGACGGAGACAAUGGAUCAAGGCUUUAAGUCAGUGGAUCGCGAAGUAAAGUUUAAACAUUGGCAAUUCGACGAUCUCAGCAGGGAGUACCACCUGAAGGAGCUGAAGAAGCUGCUGUCGACCGAUCCAGUAAUCAAGAUGAUCAAGUCGAAGCUGACCGGAUUGCUACGCGGACCGAUAACAGCGCCCAAACCAAUCCCUAACGUGUUGGAGGCGGUCCGGCGUCUAAAUCAAUCUGCUAACGGAGGCGGGGUUUACGGCUGGAACGUUCAACGCACAAAUUCUACUAGAAUGCAACCACGAUCGAGUGAUCACUGCCGGCCAGACGCUGUUUAA